GGUGGUAGAUUGAACCAAUGUUACUGGAGACAGAGUCACACUCCAGUCCAGUAGGGGGCGGUGGCGGUGCUACUUGUAAUCCGCCCUGAAACCAGCGAAGAAGACGAGUUGGCCGGAAGUGGUCAUGUUUACUAGCUGCAGCCGCAGCAGGCAGGGAAAUGGACAAGAAUGAGGACCUGGUCCAAACAAACGGCGGUAAAACUCUGCUUAUCCGCCACUUACCAGCUGAACUCAGCCAGGAUGAGAAAAAGGAUCUCUUUAAGUAUUUUGGAGCUGAGUCGGUCAGGGUCUUCUCCAACACAGGUCGUUUGAAACAUGCAGCCUUUGCAACCUUUAGAAGUGAGAAGUCAGCAGCAAAAGCUCUCAGCAGGCUCCAUCAGUUAGAGAUUCUUGAUCAAACACUUGUUGCGGAGUUUGCGAAAGGCCAAGAUCACGUGACAGUAUUGAAGGACCCACCAGUGUCAGACAGUGGUAAACGUAUUGGGAAAGAGCAGAAGAAACAGGAAACCAAGCAACCAAACAUUCCCCUCAUAGAGACAGGCAUAGCAACAAGCCUUGGGUUGAAAUUUCAAUCGAAUCCCACUUUGAAAUAUUUAUACCCACCACCUUCUAAUGGCAUUCUGACAAAUAUAACACAUGUCCUCAUGAGUGUGCCAAAGUUUUAUGUUCAAGUACUACAUCUGAUGAACAAGAUGAAUCUACCGUGUCCGUUUGGCCCAAUCACUGCCAGACCCCCCAUGUUUGAGCUCAUGCCUCCUGCUCCACCCAUCCCCAUGCCUCCUCCCUUCCCUCCUGCCUACCCUCCUUUACCAGAGGAGGAGAUGGAGCUGUCCAGUGGAGAAGAAUCGGAGUAUGAGAGUGGGGACGAUGAAGACAAGGAGAGGAUUGUUCGUCUGAUGGGCCUGGUCAACCAAGCAUGCAAGAGACCCUUGAGACCAAAAACAGCUUCAAAGAGAAAGAAGCCCAAGAUCAAGGAUCUACUCUAUGCUCCCAAACCAGACUCUCAGAGCGCUCCAGUGCUGCAGCCCUCCGAUGUGUUCGAGCAGCCCCACCCCGCCGGGCACAAGAAAAUUGAAUUCCUCAUUUCGGUUCCAGAGGUGGCGGCCAUAGUGGAAGGAAGCGGUGAUGAAGGCAGAGACGUGGAUGAAAGGGAGCUCACCACUAGCAGCAGUCAGGAGGCGGCGGAGGUUGAGGGUUUUGGGAAGCUUUAUCCCAGCGCCCAGGCAUCCCAACCGCAAGAGGAGCACAGCGACGACGAGGAUGAUCUCCCCUCAGACGUCAUCUCCAGGAAGGAGCUGGAGAAAGGACGGCUGUCAAGAGAUGAGAUAAAAAGGAUGUCUGUGUUUAAAAACUAUGAACCGGGCGAGCCAACCUGCAGACUGUACGUGAAGAACAUUGCAAAGCAAGUGGAAGAGAAAGACCUGAAGUACAUCUAUGGGAGAUACGUCAACCCUUCGUCAGAAGCCGAGAGAAACAUGUUUGACAUUGUGUUAAUGAAGGAGGGGCGGAUGAAAGGCCAGGCCUUCGUAGGCCUCCCCGCUGAGCAGAGUGCAGAGAAAGCCCUGCGGGAGACCAACGGCUACGUUCUCUAUGACAAACCCCUCGUCGUUCAAUUUGCCAGAUCUGCCAGACCAAAAGAAGACAACACGGUUACCAAGAGAGGACCCAAACAACGAUGAACCCAGCAGAUGCCAAGGCUUGAUAUUGUGGCCCAGCAGAACCAUUUGUAUCCUUAUUCUGGCAUAUCCUUUGGAAAAAAAA